AUGGCAGCGAAACUCCCCAGCGAUCACCAUCAAGCAUCCUCUGGUCUUCCGCAGGGACUUUCAACAUCUGAUGCUCCUGACGUCCAUUGGGCCCGCAAAGCCCAGCUGUCUUCUUCGCCUUCAGGUUUGUCGUCAUCAGUUUCACCAGUAAAUACCGACGAGCUCUCAGAUCUUGCUGUGGUGCUUCAAGUCAUGCAUUCCACGCCAGAUGACGAGCGCAUGCAGCGUGCUUGUUUACAGGCUGUCAAUCGAUUGGCAAAGGAUGUGUGCAAAUUGCGACCACUGUGCUUGGGGGCCGUGUCGGCCAUCGCGAUUUCAGCUGCGUCGAUGCGUCACAGCCUCAACGUGCAACGAAUGGCAAUUGCCGCGCUCAGCAGCGUGGCCUAUGUACAAGAUGUGGCAACCUUGAUCGCUCCAUUGGCACUUCCUGUGGUGCUCGAGGCUGCCUUGUCCCAUCCACGGGACUCCAAGCUGCAGGGCCUGAUGUGCGAGGCCUUUGCGCGACUGGCGCAAGGAGGGCGCGAGGGCGCGAUGGUGAAGUGCAUUGUGGCUUCCCUCAUGAUCCCAGAUGUCGCCCUGCCCAUGCUGUGUGAUGCGUUGCAGAGGCUGUGUGAGAAUUCCAUCUGCCAGCCUUGGCAAGUGGUGGACGAGCUCCUUCAUCUUUGUGACAGCGAUCCCUCCGAUCUGGAGCUGCAGCGGCAGGUGUCCCUGUGCAUGCACAGGCUGCUGGCCGCGGGCGUCAUCACUCAAGCGUGUGUGCGAGGUCGGGGCACAUUGCUCAAUGCUCAGUGGGCUCACCUGCUUGAACGCUUCCUUGGCGCAGAAGAUGAGGAGGCCAAGCUGGACGGCACUUUUCACAGCAAGGUGCAGGAGCUCUUUCACCAGGAGGUGGCCCUGCAUUUCGAAUACGAGGCUGCCGAGCGCUGCCUGCACUACCUCCGCAGAAGGACGCAGCCAUCGCAGGUCUUCUUGGAGGUGAUCCGGUGUUUGACAGAGAACUUGGAGGACUACCAAAGCCGGUCGGAGGCUCGCGAGCUUGCCUGGGACGCCAGCCGACAGAUGCUGGUUCCUUUGGACCCGCACUUGCGUCUACGACUGCAGAACGAGGUUCUUGAGGCGAUGCAGCUUCGGCUUCCGCAAGCCCUGUGCACUGCGGCGGUGGCAGCUGCGGACUGGCCGAAGAGUGAGGAAAGCCUGGUGAAAACGACGGCGCACCUUCUGAACGAGUGCGGCAAGUUGCUAGAAAGAAAGACGCAGGCGACUCAGGACCACCAUGAACGGGCUGCGGAGCUGCGGCGCGAGGUGAUGUUGUUUGAGGCAGUUGAGUACUUGGAACUGAAUGCAGCAGAAGCCACGCCAACACAGGUAUCAUCGGCCUUGCAUAUGCUGGAAGUAGCCACUGCUGUGGCUCCUGCCGAUGCCUUGGAGCGCUUGAGGCAUCGUCUUGCGAGGCUGACAGAGAGGGUUUCGCCGAAGGCGGAGACCUUUGAAACCGCAGCCAUGCCGCAAAAAGUCGUGCGGACAUGA